UCCUGUACCGAGUAAAUGACGGUUUGAAGGUUUUGGUCGCCGUAAACUCUAAAGAAGAUUCCCGGUGAGGUGGACCCCCUGAUGAGGAGUCAGACAUGGAGAAGAGCUUCAGCCAGUGGAAGAACCAGUGUCUGAGAAAACUGGACCUCAGUAAGAAAUCCAGCGUGGAUGAAGGAGUUGAAGAUGUGGUGACUCUGCUCAACAGCUGCGAGGAGUUCUUCACUACCAGCUCCUGCUCCGGGAGGAUCAUCCUCAUAGACGCAGUGUCUGACAGCAGAGAUGUCCAGAAGCAAAAUUGUGUUUGGCUGUUCGUCUCACAUCUGAAAUGCACACCUGAUGACCUGAUGUCCGCUCUGGCCAGGUCCAGUGCAGAUGCUGUGUUGAAGUUCGAGCCCUUUGUUCUCCAUGUUCAGUGUAGACAGCUGGAGGAUGCACAGCUGCUGCACUCGGUAGCCAUUAACUCGGGCUUCAGGAACUCUGGGCUCACUGUCAGUAAGACAGGAAAAAUCCUCACGGCCGUCCGGAGCACCCAUGGUCUGGAGGUUCCCCUCAGCAGUAAAGGGAAGCUCCUGGUUGACCACGACUACGUUGAUUUCAUAACCAAGACUGCCAAUCACAAGAUGGAGGAGAACCUUAGACGGAUACAAAGGUUCUACCAGAAUCUGCAGGCAUCCCUGUCCAGCAGAGACCAGCUCAAAAAGCUGCAGAUCUCUGAUUCUAAAGUCUGGAAGGAGCUACGGGAUCAUGGUCAUGGCGGUGAGGCAGAGGAGCAGGAAGAGAAGAAAACAACGGUUUACAAGCGGAGGCGGAAAAGAGAACACUUCUGUCAGACUGACUGUUGCCAUGGUGAUGAGUCUAGCAGGGAACCGGAUUUGGAAGACUGUCUGGAUCUGUUCACAUAAACCAGUGGCUGCUCUUAUUAUCACCCUCAGGUUAAAAGUUUUUCUUUAAAUGACUUUUUGGUACAAAUUUAUCUAUGACUGAGGCUGGAACCACAUGGAGAACAAACUAGUCCAGAUCCUGGUCCAGAUUCUACAGUUCCUAACCACAGAACCACUGAUGGGGAACUUCGUGUGUAAUGGAAAAGAAGCUGCUAAUUUUAUUGUGUCAUGGCUGUGUUUGAUCCUCUAUGCUUCCCUUAUUCUAGAGAGAAACCUGCAGAGUAAUGAUGGAGGCGCGACAUGACGGGAUACCUGUGGUAUAACGACGGGGGCAGGUUUACCUGCAGAAUAAC